AUGUCUCUCGCAUCUGGAGUUACCGUCACCGACGAGUGCAUCAACAAGUUCAAUGAGUUCCGCCUGAGCCACGGAAAGAUCAAGUACAUCAUCUUCAAGAUCUCCGACGACAAGAAGACCGUCGUUGUCGACGACUUCGGCGCUGAGUCGGACUACGAGGUUUUCCUCUACGAUGUUGAAUACGACCUUGGUGGUGGUGAGGGCAAGCGAAGCAAGAUCAUUUUCAUUUCUUGGGUCCCCACCAACGUCCCUACUCUGUGGUCCAUGAUUUACGCCAGCACCCGCGAGAACCUCCGAAACGCCCUUAACGUAGCCAACUCCAUCCACGCCGAUGACAAGAGCGAAAUCGAGUGGAAGGCCGUCCUCAAGGAGGCCAGCGGUGGCAAGGCUAACUAG